AGCGCUGCCAGAGCUGUGAUGGAGCGAGGCCUGGGGGACCCGAGGACAUGUGCUCUCUGUGCCGUCGUACUUUGGCUGCUUGUCGCACAUACCUCCGCAGAUUUGCCCAUGUGCAAAGGGUCGGAUUAUCACUUUGAGUACACAGAGUGUGACGUACUCGGGUCAAGAUGGAGGGUAGCGAUUCCCAACAAAGCAGAGACGUGCACAGGCCUCCCAGAUCCAGUCAAAGGGACUUACUGCACUUUUUCUUGCAAUCAAGGAGAGUACCUUGACAUGCAGUCGCAGCAGUGCCAGAAGUGUGCCGCAGGCACCUACUCUUUGGGAACCAGCAUCGCCUUCGAGGAGUGGGACAGCCUACCAACGGGUUUUAUCACUCAUGGGGUGACGACAAAUGAGGGCAAUGCCUUUAUAAACUGUUCCAACUCCACCUGGACGCCAAAGGGUGAGUAUGUGGCGUCCAACACAGAUGAGUGCACUGCAACGCUCUCUUACGCUGUGAGCCUGAAAAAACCUGGAACGCUGUUCUUUGAGUAUUUCUACCCCGACACCAACAUCUACUUUGAGUUCUUCGUUCAGAACGACCAGUGUCAGUCCACGGAUUUUGAGAGCCGCUUGAUGAGGAUUUCGGAGAGCAGCUGGAGCAACUACAAGGUAGAGUUGAGUAAAGGGAACAAUGUUCUAUACUGGAGAACCACAGCGUAUGCUCUGCUGGGUAGUGCUGUCAAACCUGUGCUGCUAAGAAACAUUCAGGUCUCAGGGGUUGCCUACACGUCUGAGUGUUUCCACUGCAAACCUGGCACGCGCAGCUCAAAAGCAGGAUCUGCCCGCUGCACCCCCUGUCCUGCUGAUACCUACUCCAACAAGGGCGCCACCGUUUGCCAGGAGUGUGAACCCGACAGCUAUGCCGUACCUGGUUCAGGGAGCUGCAAACCAAGGUCUGCAUGUACGAACAGUGACUACUUUUACACCCACACCCCCUGUGACUCUGAGGGAAAGACUCAGCUAAUGUACAAAUGGAUCGAACCAAAGAUCUGCAGCGAGACUGUCGGAGGAGCGGUGAAGCUUCCAGCGUCAGGAGGGAAGCAGGACUGCCCGCCGUGUAAUCCAGGCUUCUUUGUGACUAACUCCUCAACGUGUGAGCCCUGCAGCAACGAUUCGUACUCGGAUGGAAAAGUUUGUAAGGAGUGCCCUGUUGGCACAGAACCAGUGCUGGGGUUUGAGUACAAGUGGUGGAACACCAUGCCGAAGAACAUGGAGAGCUCCAUCUUUGAUCAGGAGUUCAGCAACUCGGACCGAAGAACAGCAUGGGAAGUUGCUGGAGAGUAUAUUUACACCACCCCAGGGGUUCAGGACUCUGACUACCUGAUGUUGACCCUCAAUGUCCCUGGAUACAGGGCUCAGUCCACGGCCAAAGACAAUGACAUGAGUGAACUGUCUCGCAUCACCUUCGUAUUUGAGACCGUCUGCACGGCUGACUGCAAAUUUUACUUUCUGGUGGGUUACAGUAAGUGGAAUAAUUAUUUGGUGGAGCAGUGGAAAGGCAGAAACAGGAAGCAGUCAUACUCCUACCUGAUCCAGAGCAACAACACCGUCAGUUUCACCUGGACCUUUCAACGGGCUGAGGAAUUCAGCAUGGAAAGGAACAUUAGCACUGAUGCUGCAAAGAUCUACUCCAUCCACAUCACUAAUGUGAUCGGAGGUGUGGCCUCUCAGUGUCGCCGCUGUGCUGUGACGUCUGACAAGACCGAGUCCUCCUGUGUUCCCUGCCCGCCUGGACACUACAUGGUCAAUGCCACAGGAGCGUGUGAGAGCUGUCCACCAAACACCUACAUUAGAGCCAGUCACCCUGUGGGAAAGGCAGCAUGUGUCCAGUGUGGACCGAACACAAAGAGAAACAGGGCACACACAGCUUGUCUUAGCGACUGUACGUUCAGGGUUCAAACAGGAGAAGAGGCUGUGCAGACCUACGAUUUCUCUCCCCUGUCUAAUGUCACCGGCUUCACCAGCAGCCCCCGUUUCACCAACAGAGGCCUGCGAUAUUUUCACCACUUUAACCUGAAUCUCUGUGGGACAGAGAGUCGAGUGGCAGCCUCCUGUGUGGACAACGUCACUGAGAGUGGAAAAGUGGUCAAAGGCUACGUCUGUCAGUCCACGGUGGUUCCUUCUGACAUCCGGAGUCAGAGCAUGGUGUCGUCACAACCAUUCAUCAUCGGCGACUCACUCAUUGGUGUGACCACUGAGACAACACUGGCAGGCAUCUCUUCUCCAGCAUGGCUGUUCCCUUCAGCUGAGCCUCAGCCGCCAGAUGUUAUAUUCUAUUACAAGUCGAGCGAUACAACCCAGGCCUGCAAACAGGGCAGGUCAGCCACUGUCAGACUUCGAUGCAACCCCACAACCAACAUUAAAGACCGCAUCAUGCUGCCCAGUAAAUGCUCUGAGGGGACAUGUGAUGGUUGUACAUUUCACUUCCUGUGGGAGAGCCAGCAUGCAUGCCCACUCUGCACCACAGAUCACUACAGGGAGAUUGUCAGCGCUUGCAUCCAGGGGAUUCAGAAAACCACCUAUGUGUGGCAGCAGCCUCUGCAGUGUUACGGAGGAGAAUCACUGCCGCCACAAAAAGUCAGCGCUUGUGUGACUUUGGAUUUCUGGCUCAAGUUUGGCGUUUCCAUAGGAUUGAUCGCCGCUGUGCUUCUCAUCAGUAUCAGCUGUUAUUUUUGGAAGAAGACACGCAAGCUGCAGUAUAAGUACUCCAGGCUGAUGAUGACCUCGGGAGGUAAAGAGUGUGAGUUACCGACUGCAGACAGCUGCGCGAUAAUGGAGGGAGAGGAUGCAGAGGACGACCUAAUGGAUCUCACCCAUAAAUCCUUCUUUACCAAAAUAAAGUCUUUCUCACGAGAGAGAACAUCCGAUGGAUUUGACUCGGUCCCGCUCAAGUCCUCUUCACGGCACCAGCAAGAGGAAGAAGAGGAGGAGGAGGACUGAUGAUGCUGAAAUCAGAGCAAAAGCAGAUUUAUUUGAGCACUGAAGACGUCUUCAGUUUUAGAGUCUUAGAGUUUUUGGAUAGUAAAAUAGAGAUUAGAGGUUGUAUUUGCUUUGUUUCAAAGAUUUUUUUACAAGUUUAAUU